AUGUAUGCAUUGCCUACUAGUGCUGACGGUGCGUGUUACCUGUGCGUACCGCCUGACCCAGGUAUAGAGCCCGCUGCUCUAGGUGCUGGUGAGGCUGCUGCUCUGGGUGCUCGUGCGUCUCCUGCUCUAGGUGCUGGUGCGGCUGCUGCUCUAGGUGCUAGUGCGUCUCAUGCUCUAGGUGUUGGUGAGGCUGCUACUCCAGGUGCUGGUGCGUCUUCUCUCUCUGGUAUUGCGCCUGCUAAGGCCUUGUACACCAUCACACUUGACUCAGGUGCUUCCCGCUCCUUCUUUCGCGAUAGCACCACCCUCACGCCGCUCAGUCGACCGAUUGCAGUCUCCCUAGCAGACCCUUCCGGGGGUCCAGUCCUUGCGCACUCCUCCAAAGUCCUGCCGUGUCCGGCGGUCCCGUCUGGCUCCCUGUCAGGUCUUCACCUCCCCUCAUUCUCUACGAACUUGGUGAGUGGAGCUGACCUCCAAGACCAGUGGGUUGACCAGUUCACUCCUGGAGGUCAGCGCGUGACCCACUGUACGUGCUCCCGGACGGGCCUGCACCUGGCCACGUUUACCUGUGCGCCUGGCUCGAGUCUGUACACACUGACUACUGUGUCCACUCAGGUCGCUGCAUCUGCGUCUGAGUCAGCCCGCGUCAGUGGGCAGGACCGCAAGCGGUACUUCCUGCUGGUUGUUGACGACUACUCGCGUUACACCACGGUCUUCCCCUUGCGCACCAAGGCUCAACCUCUGGCCCCGUGUCUCCUUGCCGGAGACCUCGCCCACACUGCGGUGGACGCGGAAGAAGUUGGCGAUGCGUCGGUGUUCCGGGUCUGGGGCUCUCGUGCCUUUGUCCGCGAUACCACCGCGGACAAGCUCUCCGCCCGCGCUGUUCCCUGUGUCUUCCUUGGCUUUGUCCCUGACGCGCCUGGUUGGCAGUUUUACCACCCCACCUCGCGCCGUGUCUUCCCCUCUCAGGACGUCACGUUCGAUGAGUCGGUUCCCUUUUACCGUCUCUUCCUCGCUCCAGGUGCUCCCCAGGUAGACCCCCUCCCCGCUCCCGGUCCUGCUCCUUCAGGUGUGUCUCAGGUAGACCCUCCUCCCUUGACUGCGCCGGUUGAGGUCACUGGUGACUCAAGUCCUGCUGUGGGUGGUCCUGCUCGGGGUGCUGCUUCUGGGGGUACUGAGCCUGGUGGUGCAGAGCCUGGGGGUGCGGAGCCUGGGGGUGCUGAGCCUGGGGGUGUGGAGCCUGGAGGUGCUGAGCCUGGGCGUGAGGAAUCUUGGGGUGCUGAGCCUGGGGGUACUGAGUCUGGGGGUGCUGCACCUGGGGGUGCUGAGGCGUCUGCCGUCACGGUCGAGCUGCUCGAGCUGGGGUCCCUGCUGCGGGAAGUGCUGGUGUUGGAGGCGUUGGAGCCGGCGCUGUCCCUCUCUCCCCAUAGCAGCUGCGUGAGUGGUACAUUAGCCGUCAGGGUGGUGCUGCUGGUGCUAGGGGCCCUGCUGCGGGAGGCGCUGGAGCUGGUCCUACUGAACCUGGAGGUGCUGCUAUCGAUUCUGAGGUUUGAGGCCCUGGAGCUGGAGGUGCCGGUUCUGGGGGUGCUAUUGUUGGUGGCGCUGGAGCUGGAGGUUCUAAAGCUGCUGCGGUUGCAGGCACUUGAGGCUCUAGAGCUGUUGGAGGUGCUGGCGUUGGUGGCACUCGCGCUGAAGGUUCUGGAGCUACUGCGGGUGCUGGCGCUGGAGGUUCUAGAGCUGUUGGAGGUGCUGGCGCUGGUGGCGCUGGAGCUGGAGGUUCAAGAGCUGCUGGAGGUUCUAGAGCUGCUGGAGGUUCUAGAGCUGCAGGAGGAGCUGGAGCUACUAGUGCUGGUGGCACUACACCGCCGCCGCUGUUCUUCGCUCCACCAUCACCUUUGUCUCUGCCACGCCGCCUGGCUCCGUGCUUCGCCAGGUUCUUAG